AGACUUUGGAUGAAAGAGAACAAUACUCUCUCUCUCUUCACCUGGGCAAUGCGAUUGUCGAAGCAGAGUUGUAUAAAUACUCGACAACUCUUACCUCGCACCCACCAAACUUGUAACCUUACAUACAACCUCUAAUUGAAAGCACUCAAAAUGGAACAAGGCAAAUACAACACAUCCCCCGACUGGACCGACAUCAACCCCAUCCCUCUCGACGAUGGCUCUCAAGAAGAAGAGGGAAUUACUUCUCUAGCAGCAAUAGCCUACAAACCGGAGUAUUUGGAAGCGACAUCUUAUCUUCGCGCAGUCAUGGCUGCGAAUGAGAUGUCGGAGAGGGUGUUGCAGUUAACUGAGGAUGUGAUUAUGAUGAAUCCUGCGCAUUAUACUGUUUGGCUAUACCGAGCAAAGAUAUUAUUUGCGCUGAAGAAGGAUCUGACGCAGGAAUUGGUUUGGUUGAAUAAAGUUUCGUUGAAGUAUCUCAAGAAUUAUCAGAUAUGGCACCACCGUCAACAACUCCUCUCAUCAAAAGAGCACUUCCCAACUCUACCAGAAGGCGAACAAGACUUUCUAAUGCAAAUGUUUGACGCAGACUCCAAAAACUAUCACGUCUGGUCCUACCGCCAAUGGCUCGUACGACAAUUCAAUCUCUGGGAUGAUCCGCGCGAAAUGUCCGAUGUUGAAUUGCUGAUCAGUGAAGACGUGCGUAAUAAUUCGGCGUGGAAUCAUCGUUAUUUACUACGAUUUGCGCCGAGACAAGGGGCUGAAGCCGCCAUGUCUGUUGCCUCUGAUGCAUCGGAAAAGGGGUGUUUGAAUGUUGUGGAUGAGGAUGUUGUGGAUGCUGAAUUGGAGUAUGCGCAGAAAAAGAUUUUGAGGGCGCCGGAGAAUAGGUCUCCCUGGCUUUAUGCGCGGGGGGUGUUGAGGGCGGCGGGGAGGUCAUUGGCUGAAUGGAAGGGGUUUGCGAGUCGGUUUUUUACUGAGGAGAUUUCUGAUGCCGCUACUCCAAUUGUGCAUGUCAAGAGUAGUCUCGCUUUGGAAUGGUUGGCGGAUGUGUUUUGUCAAGAGGCGAGGGAACAACAACAGAAAGAAAAAGUUGAUGAGGCAGUCAAGAUGUUGACGUUGUUGAAGGAGAGGUAUGAUCCUAUUCGAAAGAAUUAUUGGGAUUAUAAGAUUGGGCAACUUUCUGUUUCUGUUUGAAUCGUGUACUUGAUUGAACCAAAAAUGCUUCUAUGAACUGAGUUAGUCAAACCCAAC